GUUCGGGUUACAAGAAUGGUUGCUAGCAAACUCGCCCGCAGUCCGGGACCAGGAUCGGUCUGUAACAGUCGAGGAGCGAGAAGUCAUUCGGCGGAGGAUGCGCAUGGAGGACUGGACUCUGGACAGGGGCGCUGGAUAUUAUGCUAAUGAACGCAUCAAAAAGAAGCUCGCUUGCCUUGUCCAAAAGGGAAAACAUGCGGGGAGAUCGCGCGUCCGCUACGUGGGUGUGGAUUUCCAGACAUUUUGGACGCACAUCUUGCGGAGAGACUUCUACACCACUGCCGUCAACGCGCAGCUCAUCCAGCUGGUGGCGGUGCUGGUGCUCACCUACUUCUGCAUGCUGCUCAGCUGGAGCACCUUCUACUACAUCGUCUGGAGGUGGAACGACGAGUGCUUCAUCGGCUUCCAGGGCUUCCGCUCCGCCUUCAUGUACGCCACGGAGACCCAGCAAACCAUUGGCUACGGCGAGCGGGCCACUGGGGAGUGCUGGCUGGCGGCACUGGGGGUGGCGGUGCACUCGCUGCAGGCCGUGUUGCUGGACAGUGUUAUCCUGGGCAUUGUGUUCUCGCGCAUCUCGCACCCCAAGCAGCGCUCGAGGACCGUCAUGAUCAGCGACUGCGCGUGCAUUGCCAGGCGGGACGGACAACUCAAGUUCAUGUUCCGAGUGGCUGACAUCCAGCUGCGCUCCGUGAUCGACCCACGGGUGCGGGUGGUGAUGUACAGCUGGGGGACGGGGCGGCGCACGGCGGAGGGCGAGAAGAUACCGGUGGUGGCGCAGGACAUGUCCGUCCACCUCGACCGCGCGCUGCUGCUGCCCGCCACCGUGGAGCACAACAUCGACGAGGCCUCACCGCUGCUCGGGCACACGCUGCACAGCCUGGAGGCCCUGGGUGCGGAGAUCGUGGUCACCUUCGAGGCCUCUUCCGAGCUGGGCGACACCUUCAUGGCGCGUCAGAGCUACCUGCCCUCCGAGCUGCACUGGGGACACACCUUUGCAAACGUCAUUCGGCCCGCGGUGGGGGGCGGCACGCAGCAUGAGGUGGACCUGUCCAGGUUCCAUGACGUGGAGCCGCAACCCGGACUGGGGGAUGCGCUCACGCAGCCCCACCGACUCAGCCGCAAGGUUGUGUCCGGCAGCACCCCCACCCCCGUGGUGCCCUCCCGCCUGCUGGAGGAGAACAGCCUGGUGCUGGGGGACGAUGCGGUGGUGGGCUGCAGGCGGGGGCGACCCUACCUCAUGUUCAGGUUGGGCGACACCUUCCCGGGCCAUGUGCUGGACGUGCAGGUGAGCGCCUGCCUGUACCGCUGGCACGCCGCGCACACACCCGAGGGAGAGUUCCUGCCCUUCCAGCAGCACCAGCUGGAGCUGCAGCCCACCAGCCC